GAUAAAAGAAAAUUGUGAUCUCUCGCCAGACUUGCCCAUUUAGUUUGUUUUGUUUCCGCCGCCUGAAAAUCCACCGACACUGCCCAGAAUUUUGCUUCCAUCCGUUCCCCUAGUGCACAAAAUAUCGUCUCGCUUGCAUCAUGUCGCAUCAGACUGGUAUCAAGGCGAAUGCCGAAUUGUUGAAGUUCUUCGGCAAAUGCAAGGAUGGAAAAACCCGUGUACUGAAGGUCUCCAUCGAGAACGAGGAGCUUAGGCUAGUUAGCCACAGUGACGUCAAGCGGGACUGGGAAAAGGACUAUGACACACUGGUUAGACCGCUCAUCGAAGAAAGUACACCAUGCUAUAUUUUGUACCGAUUGGACUACAAAAUUCCCACCGGGUACGCUUGGCUGCUUAUGAGCUGGGUGCCAGAAUCGGCCUCAGUGCGACAGAAAAUGCUCUACGCUUCGACGAAGGCAACGCUGAAGCUUGAAUUCGGCUCUGGCCACAUCAAGGAGGAACUGAAUGCGACGUCCAGAGAGGAAACGACACUCCAAGGCUACCAUAAGCACCGAAUUGACUUUAGCACGCCGGCCCCGUUAACUAGUCGCGAGGAGGAACUAGCGGAACUCCGCAAAACGGAAGUUAAGACAGAUUUUGGAAUCGAUACCAAACAGCAGACGCUAGGGGGAAUAAACUGCCCAAUAUCGCCAGCUGCCGAACAAGGGCUGCACGAUAUGCGUAGAGGAGGCUACAACUAUCUUCAGUUCCGUAUCGAUCUUGAAGAGGAGAAAAUUCACUUGGUAAACGGAGCUAACAUCCAGUUGAGUGAGCUUCCGGCGCAGAUCCCAACGGACCAUGCACGCUACCAUUUGUACAUUUUCAAGCAUCACCACGAGGGAACCUACCUCGAGAGUGUCGUGUUCGUGUACUCCAUGCCCGGUUACAGCUGCUCUAUCCGCGAGCGUAUGAUGUACUCUAGCUGCAAGGGGCCGUUUUCGGCGACGAUCGAAAAACAUGGCAUCGAGGUGGCAAAGAAGCUGGAAAUAGACGAUGGGGCGGAGCUGACAGAGGAGUUUCUACAUGAAGAACUGCAUCCGCGGAAGCUAAAUCUUCGUCCGCAGUUCUCCAAGCCAAAAGGGCCCCCGAGCCGUGGCGCUAAAAGACUGACCAAACCUCAGGCCGUUGAGUAGGUCUGAUACUACUAUGCAAUUUGUCAAACACAUAGAACAUUUACUAUGGGAACGCUUUCGGUACGGCUUCCGUCUUAUUCGUGACUGUCCGCGGCCCACCCACCUUUCAUCGCAUUUCGCAGCGCAUUGUGGCAAUACAGUUUUACAUGUUCCCUUUUUGUUUUGUAUGUGUGAAAAAUAACUUAUUUGUCCUUUUUUAUGUAGACCGCAAACACAGGAACAACGAUUAGUAACUAGAAUAAUGCCCGACUAGACAACAAACCGUUAUCAUGCAGAACGAGCGAAAUUAUAUUUCAACAUAUGCCAACAGUAUGCUCAUAAAUUAUGUGUACAGAAUCGGAAGUAUUAUGCAAUCAAAUGUAGGCAGAUACAAAAACAAAACAACCCAAUUUGAGUUAAGUAGAUAAAGUCAAAAACAAUUUUAUAGAAUACCGGAAGUGUAACAAAAUUUAUCGGAUUCAAAAAACAAAGCAUCACGACUAUAUGGGCAAUCGUCGUUAAAUGUUUGGCCAUCGAUUACAGGAGACCCGAUUGCCUUGUGUUUCUUUCCGGCUCCUCAGGAGCACCAAAAGUUGUCUGUGUUCGUGUGGGGAGAUUAUUGAGAUUACGAGCGUAGUAUGGCUUAAUGGAAAAUUGCAUGAUGUGCUUCACCAUUGUCCGUCAAUAACAUUAUUUUCUUGUACGAGCUCAAAAUAAUCAAUCAAACAUAAUACACAAUCGAACUGAAUAAAGUUAUUAUUCUAUUUUUCAAAACGA